GAAGAGAAAAAGACUACUCCCUACUCAACUUCUCUCUCUCUGUUUAGCUCUGAAUUUUGGCAUUUUUUGUUCCCAUCGUCGAGGCCGAGGCCGAGGCCGAGGGUUCUCCAUCUCUCUCUCUCUCUUUUUCAACUCCUCAGCUCUGGUGAGUCAAAUAUCAUCAUCAAUCAUUCAUCUUCUUCUUCUUCUUUCUUCCUCAAUUUCUCUUGUUUUGACUUCUUUUCUUCUACCUACUAACUAAUAACCCUCUCAUCUUUUUUACAUUACACUGCUCAACUUCCUGCUCUCUCUCUCUCUCUCUCUCUCUCUCUGCUAUGUUUUACUUUUUCUGACUCCUCCUCGAUUACAUCCCCCCAUUACUACUACUAGGACUAGCAUACCAUGUCUAAUCAAGAAUUCCAGAUAUUAUAUCAAUAUGAUUGAUGCCUUCAUCAUUCCAACACCUCUGAAUUACGAUAUGCAAUUUCUAUCUUUGUCUCUCAUAUAUGCUCUCAUCAUCAUUAAUUAAUUACGCUAUGCAUUUAUCCUCACUCACUAAUCUUCAUAUGUAUGUCUGUUUCUUUGGUUACAAGCCAUCCCACUUAUUCUUACUCACCCUAACAUUUGCUCCCUAAUUAAGAAAUGUGAACAUCAGUCUUCACAACCUUCUCAUCAUCAAUACAACUGGUAAUGGCAACCGAAGACCCUAUGAGAAUUGUGGACACCGCUGCCCCUGCAAACUGGCCACCAUCUACUCCCACUGUUUCUUUCGCCUCCUCCCCCACUACUGUGGUAACUGAUGAACUGGGAUUGCUGCUUCGAAGACAAAACAUUCAAACACAUCCAACUAACCUUGCCCCCAACCGCAGUGGUAGUGCACCUCCAAGCAUGGAGACCUCAUUUGCGGCUUCUGCUCAUCUUUCCAGUUUCCCAACUUUGACCACCGGCUUAGAAAAUUUUCAGUCCAAACAUCUGCUGCCACCUGAUUCCUUGUAUUCAACAUACCAGCAUUUGAAUACUAAUUUGGACUCAACACUUGUUCCACCUACCAUUUUGACGGAAAACAUUCACCUACCACGCCAUGCUGGGGUUUCCGGAAAUAACUGGAGAUUACCAUACGUGGAUGAUCAUGGCAUUGGAUCUGUUUAUGUGCCCAGAAGCUCCCUUUCCACUCAUGAGGAGGAGCCUGAAGACGAUAGAUCACCCGAGGGAGCAUCAGAUGAUAGAGCGAAAAGUAGUAGGUUCAUGCUUCAGCAGAAGACAUUGGCAUUUAAUGGUCGUCAUAAAAGUUUGGUUGAUCUUAUACAGGAGGACUUUCCUCGAACACCUUCACCUGUAUUUAGCCAGAGCCGUCCGUCAAGCCAUGUUGAUGACCCAUCUGACCGUGAUCUGAAAAGCCUGUCACUGGAUUCACUUUCCUACAAAGGCUCGAAGUCACCUGAACCAAAGUCAGGCAUAGGUUCUGGUUGUAAAAUUGAAAUCUCUACAGGAUCAACAGCAACAAUCGAUCUUUCAACAGCCUCCGUUCCUAUAAGUUCUACUCAGGAUACCCCAGGAAGGUCUCUUUCCCCAGAGAAGGAUGGAAUAACUAGCAAGGAUGCAUAUUUUACUAGCGAUUUUGUGAGUGGUGAUGCUAUUGGUUCAGAUGCUUCCAGAAACCUUCACAAAGUGGAGGAUGAUCAAGACAAACUGGAACUAGGACUUGAUGAGCAGAAUGAGUUGCAUCUAAAGAAUACUUAUUCUCGGCGUUCUGCGGUUUUCCAUGUUCCCAAGUCUCAAGUACAAGAAACUGGCCAGCGAGCAAAUACCAAUCACAUGGAGAAAGUCCCCCAUGGACAUCUCAAGAUCACCUCGGUAGAGAUGCACCAGCUUCCUCGUGUUCCUGGAGUCCCUCCUCCUUUAUAUGCAACUACUCCAGCUUAUAUGGCUCCAGGAAAUUCUUUUUAUGCCAAUUUCGGUGCAUCUGGUCUGUAUUCUCCACAGUACAGUGGGUAUGCUAUGGGUUCCUCAUUUCUUCCCCCAUACCUGGCUGGAUAUCCACCUCAUACAGGUUUUCCUUUUCAUUUUAAUGCCAAUUCUGGACAAAGUUUUAGUGUUCAAAGUGCCGGUAUUCCCACUGGGGAAAGGGUCUCAAAAGGGUCUGUUAUGCAGAGCUUGAACAGGUUUUAUGGCCAUCCUGGACUAACACCUCACCCCACCUUUUCAGAUCCUCCUUCAAUGCAGUAUUUCCAACAAAUUGUGCAAGAUCCAUAUGGUGUCGCUUUGCAGUAUAGCAAUUUACCAUCACCUGGUGAUCAGAAAUUCCAGUUACCCCAUAGUGGGAGUGUCAGCAUUCCAAGUCCAAGGAAAAUUGGGGUACCAGGUAGCAGUUACCUCAGCAGUCCUACAGGUCUGGGAUUUGUGCCUCAAUUUCCAGCAUCACCUCUUGGUAGUUCAGUCCUGCCAGAGUCUCCAGUCGUAGGCUCAACUUCAUUGGGAAAACGAUAUGAUAUUGGACAUUCUCAAAGUUCAGCCAGAACUGUUGGUGGUUAUGCUGGUUGGCAAGGACAAAGAGGAGUUGAGAGCAUUGACCAUAGAAAACAUUCUUUUCUUGAAGAACUGAAAGCAAGCAAUGCUAGGAGAAUUGAUCUCUCUGAUAUUGUUGGUCGUAUUGUUGAAUUCAGCAUUGAUCAACAUGGGAGUCGAUUUAUUCAACAGAAGUUGGAAAGUUGUAGUGUUGAAGAAAAGGAGUCAGUUUUUAAGGAAGUUCUUCCACAUUCUUCAAAGUUGAUAACAGACGUCUUUGGAAACUAUGUUAUUCAGAAGUUCUUUGAGCAUGGAACUUAUGAGCAGAGGAAGGAACUUGCAAGCCAAUUAUCAGGGCAGAUGCUACCUUUAAGUUUGCAAAUGUAUGGUUGCCGUGUUAUACAGAAGGCGCUGGAGGUUAUUGAAGUUGACCAGAAGACGCAACUUGUGCUCGAACUUGAUGGGCAUGUUAUGAGAUGUGUACGAGAUCAAAAUGGAAAUCAUGUGAUACAAAAAUGUAUUGAAUGUGUUCCUGCGGAAAGAAUUGGAUUUAUCAUCUCUGCCUUCCAAGGACAAGUAGCUAUAUUAUCUACCCAUCCCUAUGGUUGCCGAGUCAUUCAGAGAGUGCUGGAGCAUUGCUCGGAUGACUUACAAUGUCAAUCUAUAGUGGAUGAGAUACUCGAAUCUGCAUAUGAUCUUGCUCAUGAUCAGUAUGGCAACUAUGUUACACAGCAUGUUUUGGAAAGGGGGAGACCAUCUGAAAGGAGUCGAAUUAUCAGCAAGUUAUCUGGGAAAAUUGUACAGAUGAGCCAGCAUAAGUAUGCGUCAAAUGUUGUGGAGAAAUGCUUAGCUUUUGGUGAUGCUGCUGAACGGGAAGUCUUGAUUGAGGAGAUUCUUGUGCAAUCUGAGGGCAAUGACAAUUUACUGACAAUGAUGAAGGACCAGUUUGCAAAUUACGUAGUCCAGAAGAUUCUUGAUAUUAGCAAUGAUAAGCAAAGGGAAACAUUGCUUGGUCGAGUUCGGCUUCAUCUUGUUGCUUUGAAGAAAUAUACUUACGGGAAACACAUAGUUGCACGCUUUGAACAGAUGACUUGUGAAGAUGAUGGGAUACCUCAGCCUUAGGCUUCCUUUAAGUGCCAAGAACUUGUUCCUGGUGGACGGCGGGUGCACCAUCAGUUGGAGGUGCCACCAGGCAACAGACGUUAGCAAAUAUCUUCCUCCUCUGGUCCUGAAUAUGUGGCAGACAUCUAAUGCUACUUUUAGGAGAAAAUCAUAUUGAAAAUGUAGGAAAUGUUGUGUAGUAUAUAUUGAGAAAAUGUAUUGGUGUGAUAGAAAUAAUAAAGUGAUUGGAUAAGUAGUUUAUAGAUUUGUGGCAUCUCGUCCUGCAUGAAUCAAACAGGGAUUUGUCUUGAUCGAACUAA